AUGAUUCGCUUUUACGCUCUUUCUAUUUGCUGGUUUCCCAUAGUAUUUCUCUUUCCUUCCUUCCGUCUUUCCUUCCCCCUCUUUCUGUCUUUCUCUCCCUCGAAUUUCGUUCUCUUGCAUUUUAUCCUUUUCUUCUUCGUGUUUCGUAACCCAUUUUCUCUCUGUCUUUUAUGUUUGAUAGCUCUUUUUAUCAUGUUUCACUUCAUUUUUUUCUCCUCUCCUCAUUCGUCGUUUCUACUUCUCUUCACUUCCUCUUUUCCGCUUUCUUGUUCAUUAUCACUUUCUCAUACUCUUAAACACACAUACACUUUCUUUCUUUCUUUCUUUCUUUCUUUCUUUCUUUCUUUCUUUCUUUCUUUCUCUCUCUCUCUCCCCAACUUCUUUUUCUUUCAUUUUUCUAUCUCUAUUCUUUCAGUUCCUCGUUCUCUCUCUCUCUCACUUCUUUUAUCUCCUUCUAAUUUCUCCUCCCACCACCACAUUUUUCAAUAUCUCUUUUUCUCUCUUCCCGUGUUCGUUUUCCUUUCUUUCUUUUCUCUCACCAUCUCCCCCUCUCUCUCUCUCUCUUUUUUCUUCUUCUUAAUCCCUCUUGUUCUUUCGAACUUCUUCCUUCCUAUCUUCCUUUCUUUUCUUUCUUUCCUUCUUUCCCGCCUUCGGUUAUUUACAUCAGAUAAGCCACAAUGA